ACAGGGGAAGAGCUGCUUCCUGGCCCCCGCCCUAAGCCGAGAGGGGCUGCUGGACUCCCUCUUGGCCCUGUUCGACGAGUGCAGCUCCCCGGAGCUCCUGAAAAUCCAGCAUGUGGCAAACUUCGUCAGCAAGUACUCGGAGGCCGUGUCGGAGCUGCGGGAGCUCCAGCCCAGGGCGCGGGAUUUCGAGGUGCGCGGCGUGGUGGGGCGCGGGCGCUCCGCUGAAGUGCAGGUGGUCGGGGAGCGGACCACGGGCGACGUUUACGCCAUGAAAGUCAUGAGCAAGAGCCGCCUGCGCGCCCUGGAAGAUGUGGCGCUUUACGAAGAGGAGCGAGCAAUCCUGGCGCGCAACCACAGCCCCUGGGUCCCAGAGCUCCAGCACGCCUUCCAAGACCGAGACAACCUUUACCUGGUGAUGGAGUACCUGCCUGGGGGGGACCUCCUGGCUCUGAUGAACAGGUACGAGGACCAGUUUGACGAGGCCACGGCCCAGUUCUUCCUGGCCGAGCUGGUGCUGGCCAUCCACAGCGUGCAUCAGAUGGGAUACGUCCACAGAGAUGUCAGACCGGAGAACGUCCUGCUUGACCGCACGGGACACAUAAAGCUGGCAGACUUCGGCUCUGCGGCCAGGCUCACCGCCACGAAGACGGUGAGCUCCAAGCUGCCCCUCGGGACUCCGGACUUCACAGCCCCGGAGGUGCUGAACGCUGCGAAGGGUGACGCGGGGUUGCCGUACGGCGUGGAGUGCGACUGGUGGUCUCUCGGGGUCAUCGCCUACGAAAUGAUCUACAGGAAGUCGCCCUUUGCCGAAGGCACGUCCACCAAGACCAUCAACAACAUCCUGAACUUCCAGCGGUACCUCAAGUUUCCCGAAGAGCCGCAGGCCAGCCGGGAGUUUGUGGACCUGGUGCAGAGUCUGCUGUGCGGCCCAGGCGAGAGGCUCGGGUACGAGGGGCUGCGCUGUCACCCCUUUUUCUCCAGCGUGGACUGGAACAACCUGCACCACUCGCUCCCUCCCUUCGUUCCCACUCUCCGCGCCGAAGAUGACACCUCGAAUUUUGAGGAGCCCGAGAGAGCGCCCAGGCCAGUGGCUCCCCCGCGGCAGGCUAAGCGUUCGGGUUUCCAGGGCGCGGACCUGCCCUUUCUAGGGUUCUUCUACAGCAAGGCGCUGCCUGCGCUCGCCAGGUCUGAAUCAGUAGCUGCAGGGCUCGACUCUCCAGCUAAGACUAACUCCAUGGAAAAAAAGCUUCACAUUAAAAGCAAAGAACUGCUAGAAACUCAAGACAAAUGUCACAAGAUGGAGCAGGAAAUCUCCCGAUUCCAGCGCAAGAUGUCUGACCUGGAGUCCGUGCUGAAGCAGAAGGAUGUGGAGCUGCAGGCUUCGGAGACGCAGCGCUCCAUACUGGAGCAGGACCUGGCCACCUACAUCACGGAGUGCAGCAGCCUGAAGCGCAGCCUGGAGCAGGCGCGCAUGGAGGUGUCUCAGGAGGAUGACAAGGCCCUGCAGCUGCUGCACGACAUCCGGGAGCAGAGCCACAAGCUUCAGGAGAUCAAGGAGCAGGAGUACCAGGCCCAGCUGGAGGAGAUGCGCGUGGCGGUCCGGCAGCUGGAGGAGGACCUGGCGGCGGCGCGGCGGCGGAGCGACCUGUACGAGAGCGAGCUGAAGGAGUCGCGGCUGACCGGCGAGGAGCUGAAGAGGAAGGCCGCCGAGUACCAGCAGAAGAUCCAGAAGGCCAAGGAGCAGGGCAAAGCCGAAGUGGAGGAGCUCCUCUCCAAGCUGGAAAAGACCAAUGGAGAACAGCAACUCAAAAUCCAGGAGCUGCAGGACAAACUGGCCAAGGCGGUGAAAGCCAGCACGGAGGCCACGGAGCUGCUCCAGAACAUCCGGCAGGCCAAGGAGCGCCUGGAGCGGGAGCUGGAGAGGCUGCACAGCCGCGAGGACUCCACGGACAGCCUGCGCAGGCGGCUGCGCGAGACCGAGGAGGGCAGGAAGACCCUGGAGAACCACGUGAAGCGCCUGGAGAUGGUGGAGAGACGGGAGAACAGGCUGAAGGACGACAUCCAGACCAAAUCCCAGCAGAUCCAGCAGAUGGCCGACAAGAUCCUGGAGCUGGAGGAGAACCUCCGGGAGGCCCAGGCCGCCGCGCAGCGGAUCGAGGCUCACCUGGCCCAGAAGGAGAGGCUGUACGAGGACAAGAUCAAGGUCCUGGAGGCACAGAUGAAGGUGGAUCUGGCUGACAAGGAGUCUCUGGAGGCCAAGUGGGCCAAGCAGGAGGAGGAGUCCCGGGAGAACUGCAAGCUCAUCAGCGAGCAGAAAGCCGAAGAGACCCCCGAAGAAACUUCCCGGUGUGCAGUGGAGAGCUCGGACAGCAGGGCCUGCUCCACAUGCAGUUCCACUCCCUGUCCAGCUCCUGUUUAUUUCCUGUGGGCAGUGUCAGCAGCUGCUGUUGCUCUGUGUCUGGUGCUGCCCUGGACCUGCCACAGCACCCACCCCGGUUGCAUUCCCAGGCACGAAUGGGCAGGUCUAUCUGAGCAGCGGGCCUUGUGCGUCAUGCAGGGCCAGAAGCAGACGAUGGCGCAGUCUGCUGGAGCUAUUGCACUGCUGAGAAGUGUGCAUCCACCCAGCUUUAUCUCCAGUGCACUGCAGUUGUGCAGAGGACAGCUGCAAGUACAGCAGGAGAGAUGGAAUAUUCCAGUGCUUGGGGGUGUCUUGUCCUUUCAUGCUUGUGAGCACAGACCGCAGCCUCAUUCCCUCACCCUCUUGUGUUGUCAGGUCAUCACAGACCUGGAGGAGCAGCUGACCCAGCUGAGCCAGGAGAACGCCGAGCUCAACCGGCAGAACUUCUACUUGUCCAAGCAGCUGGACGAGGCCACGGACGAGAGCGAGGACAGGCUGCAGCUGAGCCAGGACGUGGACCGGCUGCGCAGGGAGGUGGCUGACCGGGAGAUGCACCUCAAUAACCAGAAACAGAACCUGGAGACCCUGAAGACCACCUGCACGAUGCUGGAGGAGCAGGUGAUGGAGCUGGAGACGCUGAACGACGAGCUGCUGGAGAAGGAGCGGCAGUGGGAGGCGUGGCGCGGCGCCCUGGAGGACGAGAAGGCGCAGGCGGAGAGGAGGUCGCGCGAGAUGCAGCGCUUGCUGGACAACGAGAAGCAGAACAGAUUGCGGGCAGACCAGCGGAGCUCUGAGUCUCGCCAGGCUGUGGAGCUGGCAGUGAAGGAGCACAAGGCCGAGAUCCUGGCUCUGCAGCAGCAGACGAACCUGCAGCAGCAGAUGGACUCCCAGAAGACGCACAUCUACCGCCUGACGCAGGGCCUGCAGGAGGCGCUGGACCAGACCGAGCUGCUGAAGACGGAGCGCUCGGACCUCGAGUUCCAGCUGGAGAACAUGCAGGCGGUCUACUCCCAUGAUAAAGUCAAGAUGGAAGGCACUAUAUCCCAGCAGACCAAGCUUAUCGACUUUCUCCAGGCCAAAAUGGACCAGCCCUCCAAGAAGAAGAAGGGGAUCUUCGGGCGCCGGCGCGAGGAGCUGGGGGGGCCGUCGCAGGUGCCCCUGCCCUACAACGACAUGAAGGCGGCGCUGGAGAAGGAGCGGCUGCGCUGCGCCGACCUGGAGGAGGCGCUGCAGAAGAUGCGCGUGGAGCUGCGCGCGCUGCGGGAGGAGGCGGCUCACUUCAAGACGGGCGACCACCAGGCCCCCUCCACGCCCGCCACGGCCCGGCAGCAGAUCAUCAUGUCGGCCAUUGUCAAGUCUCCCGAGCACCAGCCCAACCCCAUCAGCCUGCUGGCGCCCUCCUCCUCCUCUCGCAGGAAGGAGACGUCCACGCCCGAGGAGUACAGCCGACGGGUGAAGGAGAGGAUGCACCACAACAUCCCCCACCGCUUCUCCGUGGGGCUGAACAUGAGGGCCACCAAGUGCGCCGUCUGCCUGGACACCGUGCACUUCGGGAGACAGGUCGCCACCUGCGUAGAAUGUCAAGCAAUGUGCCAUCCAAAAUGCUCCCCCUGCCUUCCAGCCACGUGUGGCCUGCCCGCCGAGUACGCCAUGCACUUCUCCGAGGCGCUGAGCCGCGACAAGGCCAGCUCGCCCGCGCAGCAGGUCAGGGAGGCCAGCGGACACGUCCGGCUGGAGGGCUGGAUGAAGCAGCCGAGGAAUGGGAAGCGGGGACAGCAGGGCUGGGAGAGGAAGUACGUGGUUCUGGACGGCACCAAGGUGAUGGUUUACGAGACGGAGCCCAGAGAAGAUUCGACGAAGCCUCAAGAGGAGCUCGACCUCUGCCUGCCAGACGUGGAGGUGACGGUGCACGGAGCCGUGGGGGCGUCCGAGCUGGUCAACACUGCCAAGUCAGAUAUCCCCUAUGUGUUGAAGCUGGAGUCCCACCCCCACACCACCUGCUGGCCAGGCCAGUCCCUGUACUUCAUGGCUCCCAGCUUCCCUGACAAGCAGCGCUGGGUGGCCGUGCUGGAGUCCGUCGUGGCCGGAGGGAGGAGUUCACGGGAGAAGGCAGAGGCUGAUGCCAAGCUGCUGGGCAACUCCCUGCUGAAGCUGGAGGGGGAUGACCGUCUGGACAUUAACUGCACUCUGCCCCUGACCGACCAGGUAAACGCGGUGCGUGAGUGGGGGGUGCGGGGGUCUCUCUCUGUGUUUCUCAUGGGGCAGCCGUCCGCGGGGGGCUCCCGGGGGCUCUGGGCCGGGCGAGGGCGGGGCAGGAGAACUAGGCUCCUGCGGUGUACAGAGAGAGCCCUGUGCCUGAUUGAGAUUAAGAAGGUGAAACAAUCCCUGUCCCAGUCCCACCUGCCUGCCCAGCCUGAUCUCUCUCCAUACAUCAUCGAGACGGUCAAGGGUUGCCACCUCUUUGCUGCUGGCAAGAUUGACAACGGACCCUGUAUCUGUGCUGCCAUGCCCAAUAAAAUCACCAUCCUGCGCUACAAUGAGAGCCUCAACAAGUUCUGCAUCAGGAAGGAGAUCGAGACUUCGGAGCCCUGCAGCUGCAUCCACUUCACCAGAUACAGCAUCAUCAUCGGCACCAACAAGUUCUACGAGAUCGAGAUGAAGCAGUUCGUGCUGGAAGAGUUCCUGGACAAGAACGACGUGUCCCUGGCCUCCGCCAUCUUCGCCGCCUCCUCACACAGCUUCCCCAUCGCCAUCAUGCAGGUCAACAACACAGCGCAGAAGGAGGAAUAUCUCCUCUGUUUCCACGAGUUUGGCGUGUUUGUGGAUUCCUACGGCAGGAGGAGCCGCACUGAUGACAUCAAGUGGAGCCGCCUGCCCCUGGCCUUCGCCUACAGGGAGCCCUACCUGUUUGUGACCCACUUCAACUCCCUGGAGGUGAUAGAGAUCCAGAGUCACCAAGCUCUGAGCAGCCCCAAUAAGAGAGGCCCCCCCUCCUACAACGAGCACAUCUCCAAGCGGCUGGCCUCGGGCCCGGGCCAGCCCGAGCUGCUGCACCGCGAGCCCAGCACGCCGCACCGCUACCGCGAGGGCCGCACGGAGUUCCGCCGCGACAAGUCGCCGGCGCGGCCGCUGGACCGCGAGAAGUCGCCCGGCCGCAUGCUGGACAGCCGCAGGGAGAGGUCCCCGGGCCGGAUGUUCGAGGACAGGGGCCGCCUGCACACGGGCUCCGUCCGCACCCCCCUCACCCCCGUCAACAAGGUGUGGGAUCAGUCUUCUGUGUGAGCGCCCCCCGCUGGCCCAGCCCCCCGACCCCAGAAUCCCGGAUCCGAGCCACAGAUGUUCAGCAUUACUGCAUACGCUACAAGCACACCCUGGAUACAGCCCGCAGGCCAGCCUAAAGCAGCGCAAAGCCGUCCCAUCCAUUUGUAUCCCUUUUCUUUUUCUACCAGGUCCUUAAGUACUUUAUCUCCCAGAAUGCCAAGCUGGCCCAUGAGCGCCUGCUCCUGUGUGUCCCGCAAGGACACUAAGCACUUCAUCAGUAUUCUCCAGGUCAGAAACACUGUUCCCUGCCCUGCCCUGCGCUGUCCUGUCCUCCUGGGGUGCACAGGUGUGCUUAAGUACUUGAUCUAAAAACACUGUACAUAGAUACUAACAUUUUUAUAGUUACAAAAGGGAAUACUAAGCUGGAAAAGCUGUCUAUUUUUAUGAAAAGAGCAUUUCUAAUCUGUAGCGUCCUGCUAGUGUUGCACUGUAUUCCUGUUCCUAGAAAGCCGAGCAACCCCAGUCACAUGAGCAUUAACAGGUUCUCUCUCUCCUCGCUGCUGAGGGUCGAGCAGAGAGAGGCGCAGGAUCUGUUUUUCACUGCGGACCGGUCUCUCCACCAGGCGGCGGCACGGUCCGUCUGCACUGACCACCUCCAGCACAAGGCAAGAGCGAAUUUCAUGGGUUGUGUUAGAAACUUUGGCGUGUCAUGUAAUUAAAAUAUUGUAUUUUUUGAGAGAGACGUUUUUUGGAAGCAGCACAGUAAAAACCAACAUUUCCAUAUAUUUUCAUUUCCGUCCACUGAGACCAAGCAGUAAAAUACAAACAGAAGUAGAGCUAUUUUUGGAGUUCCUGCAGCUUUAACAUCCAGGUGUCAAGUGUUUUUGUUCUGUGCAGUGAAAAUUAAAUUCCAAUAACUAUCAGGUUUGGCUUGAAGUGUUAUUGCUGCUACUGUAAAAGUUCUCUUUACAUUGUGUGAUUUGAGUGCUGAAGUAAUACAGCAAGUUUCAAUACUAAAAAAACUAAACAUUUCAGUGUCAAAAUGCACUUGUAAAGUCACACUAUCAAGCAUGUAUACUUUCCAACACUGAUUUUUAGCUUUUUCUCACUGUUUCUGUUAGUUUUUUUUCCAUUUCCUUUUCUCUGUUGUGACUUCACUUGUUGGACCGUGUGUGUAACUGGUGCAUAUUGACGUGAUUGGCUUUCCUUAAGAGAUUUUUUUAAUGUUCAAGUACAAUAAAUGUAUGACUCAGUC